AUGAGCAAAUUCAUUCUCAAUUUUCCAUCAUCAGGAGGUUUCCUGUUGAUUGAUGAACUCAUCACUCUUCCCGAGUUCUCGCAGCACAACUUCAAUCUCAACGAGGUCAUAGAGUCUGUGCUUGCCGACGACCUGCUACGCUUCAGCGUCCGUGGAUCUAAGGUUCGACUGAAACCGCCAGAAUUGAACGUAAGCGGUGUGCGUGAUGAGCGGUUGUAA